ACCCGGAUGAACGGAAGCGGUGCUUGCAACCUACAGUUUCUGCAAAGUAGAAGUCAUCAACAGAAGAGGAGAGCUUUUUCAGGAUUCUUUUUGGCGUCAGCGGUUCUUUCCGCUUUCGUCGGUUGCGUCAGUCGUAUUCGGUUGUAUGGAGUCCCCGUUUCUGGAAUGAACGCUUUUGUUGAGUUUCUUUUCGUCGUAUGUUGUUUCCGUGGCUUAUGUUUUUUUGUUGUGAUCGAGUUUGCGUUCUGUCUUUACUCUUGUGGCUUCAGUGUCUGGGAUCAUUGCAGCCUUACCUUGCCUUCGUGGUCUAGUGCAUUUUCUCCGGAUUCUGUCGUCGUCAUCUCAUCUUCGUCUCAUCGUCCAUCUUGUGACUUCAGCGUGUGGGAUUAUCGCAGCCUUACCUUGCCCUCGUGGCCUAGUGCGUCUUCUCCAGAUUCUGUCGUCAUCAUCUCGUCUUUCCUUCGUCUUGUCGUCCAUCUUGUGCACGUGACUUCAGUGUCUGGGAUCAUCGCAGCCUUACCUUGCCCUUGUGGCCGAGUGCGUGUUCUCCAGAUUUUGCCGUCAUCAUCUCGUCUACCUCUUCGUCUUGUCGUCCAUCUUGUGACUUCAGCAUCUGGGAUUAUCGCAGCCUUACCUUGCCCUCGUGGCCUAGUGCGUUUUCUCCAGAUUCUGUCGUCAUCAUCUCGUCUUCCUCUUCGUCUUGUCGUCCAUCUUGUGACUUCAGCAUCUGGGAUUAUCGCAGCCUUACCUUGCCCUCGUGGCCUAGUGCGUCUUCUCGGAUUCUGUCGUCACCAUCUCCUGGUCUUCUUUGGAUUCAUUUCUUCUGACUUGCGUAUCUUGUACCUAGCUCUAGAGUCUAGCCUCUCGUAUGUAGUUUGCAAGUUUUAUGUUGUUACUAGUGUUGGACUUUAGUUAUAGUUAUGUACUUUGCAGUGAUGUAUAAUAGUUCCAUGUUUGAAAAUAUAUGUAUUGACAGACAGACA